CCGCUAUUAGGCGUCAGUCUGCAGACUGGUCGUGCCAGCCUCGUGCUUGUUGCAAUAGCAGCGCGGCAUCCAGGAUACCUAUUCGCGCUUUUGGUGGUCCCGGGCCACAUCUGUCGAUCAUCAGUCUGGCAUCAAAAUCGAUAAACAAACAAGAUGCAAAAAUGGCCGGAUUGCCCUUGCCAAGCACCUAUCGCUUUCUUUCAACAUACAAAGGAUAGCACAUAUAGACAUUUUCCAGGAACAGUACGUAGACUGAGCCCCAUCACAGCCCAGAUACAACACGUCCUCCUUUUGUUGCCGACACGGCAUAAAUGCGCAUGGUGUAAAGGUCCAAAUAAGGACAUGGCGAUGCCCUUCUAUGCAGUAGUUCUGUACGGAAUAGGCCUACUCCUCACCCUUUUUCUUGUUUUCUGGGAAUCGGCAAAGGAGAAAUCCGCGCUUAUUCCCAACAAUUGAUGUUUGAUUUUAACCAGCCAAAAAUAUUUCGUGGCACGGGUAUUUAAAAAAAAAACCUGUAUCCUAAUGGAAUUGCUAGUUUUCGAGAAUGGCUUCAAGGCAGACCCCGCUU